UGGACGGAGCUGGAGGAGGGGCAGCAGGGAACGAGAUGUUUUCCCUCUGACAUUCAGAGUCACAGUCAGAAGGCACUGGUUCCUGCAAAAUUCAAUAGUUUGAGGAUCGUGAAGGGGUGCCACAUACCACAGGGACAGCUUCCAGGGGCUUCCUCUGAAGUCAUGAGCGGUCUUUCCCUAGAGACUCGACAUGCAGUGGACACUGUUGCUGCUGAUGAUGGUGCGGAGCCAGGGCCUGGCGGGACUUUCCCAGGACACGAUACCCCUCUUCCGACUCACUCAUCUGGGACCCUGGGACAACCCCAACAGCCGCGCCACCGACUCGCCCUGCCAGGGGCUCCCCUCUGCGGGAGCCACGAGCCUGACCCUGGCAAACCGGAGUCUGGAGCGCUUGCCCAGCUGCCUUCCACACACGCUGCGCAGCCUCGAUGGCAGUCACAACCUGCUACAAGCCUUCGGCGGGCCUGAGUUCAGUCGCCUGCCCGAGCUGCGCGUGCUCACCCUGAACCAUAACCGCAUUUCCACGCUGCACUGGGACCACGGCACGCCGGGCGGGCUCAGCGAGCUCGACCUCAGCCACAAUCUACUGGCCGCGCUGCCCCCGUGCGCAGGGCCCCCGGUGCGCAACCUGCGCACGCUGAUGCUGGCCGGGAACCCACUGAGGGCGCUGCAGUCACGGACCUUCGCAUGCUUCCCGGAGCUACGGCUACUCAACCUCUCCUGCAGCGAGUUGGGGCACAUCGCCCACGAGGCAUUCGCCCGGGAGGACGGCGGGCCCCUGGCGGCGCUGGAGGUCUUGGACCUGAGCGGCACGCGCCUCGAGCGAGUUGAGUCUGGGUGGAUCAGAGACCUGCCACAGCUCAAGUCCCUCUACCUGAGGAAGAUGCCCAGCCUAAAGACACUAGAGGGAGACAUUUUCAAGAAGACUCCCAACCUGCAGCACCUGGAUUGUCAAGAAUCCCCAGCGCUUACUUCUGUCAACACAGAGAUCUUUCAAGACACACCCUGUCUACAAGUCCUUCUGUUGCAAAACUGCAACUUGAGUUCCUUUGGUCCUUGGAUUGUGAAUUCCUCCCAGAUCUUAUCUGUCGGCCUCUUUGGCAACCCUCUCACCUGCAGCUGUGAACUGGCUUGGCUUCUCGAGGAUGCAAAUAAAACAGUCUUAUACAGGGCACUAGAUACCGUGUGUGAGCCGGCUCCAGGAUCCGAGGGCCCCUUCUCUGGCCCUCUCUCCCUCUCCCAGCUGUCUACAGUGUGCAGGUCAGACCAAAGCACUACCCUCCUGGCUUCAAACCCGCCCCACUUUGAUCAUCCAGUUUCUGCACCACGGACACAGGGGCCUUCCAUUGAACAGAGCACGACCCUGUCUGCUCAGCCUGGAGGAAGCCAACAAAAUAUCACUAAGGUCUCUUCCCACACCAUGACUUCUCUCACACAAGGGUCACGGAUGCAUAGCGAUAUUUCAGAGGAAGCUACCCAGGCCACUGCUGACUCUGUGACAGUUCACAGGCCCUCCAGGGCUCUACCUGGUGCUGCCGGCACCGGGGCAGAACAGAUUGCCGCCACACACAUCCCUGAGCCCAGUAUCUCACCUGCCUCCACUACACUGCCCGGCAAACACCUUGGACCCUGGUCUACUUCACCAAACCCCAGGAGCGUCUCUCAGACCAACCAGAGGACACAAGCCACCACCAGGGUUCUCCGCACACAUCCUCCACAGGACAAUAUCCCAGUCUUGCUGCUAGAUGACGACAGUGAGGAAGAGGAGGAGACUCGGCAUCAGGUGGCAGCCCCUCACCAGGAUGUCUCUUGCGAUUACCACCCCUGCAAGCAUCUGCAGACCCCAUGUGCAGAGUUGCAGAGGCGCUUCAGAUGCCGGUGCCCUGGCCUCAGUGGGGAAGACAGCAUCCCAGACCCUCCUAAGCUGCAGGGGGUUUCAGAGAUGACUGACACGUCGAUGCUCAUCCACUGGUGUGCUCCCAACUCAGUGGUGCACUGGUACCAAAUCAGCUACUUGGCAGAAGGAGAAUCUGGGAACCAGUCAGUGGUGGACAUCUACGCUACAGCCCGGCAACACCCCCUGUACAAGCUGUCACCAAGCACUACCUACCAUGUGUGUGUACAGGCAGCCAACAGGGCUGGCCUGAGCCAGCCGCAGACCUCAGGCUGGAAGAGGUCAUGUGCUACCUUCACAACUAAGCCCAGCUCUGUGGUCAUCUUUUGGGGACUGUGUACCUCCAGUGGCCUGUUACUGGUUAGCACCCUCGUGCUGUCUGUAUGUCUCUGGAGGCAGCGCUGGAGGCCACACAGGCAGUUCUAUGACACUGACCUGGUGGCCUUCAAAAACCCAGCCAGGGCUGAGGAAGUAACUCAGUGGUAGUGACUUACCCAUGCACAAGGUCUUGGGUUUAUCCCCAACAUCAAAAUCAGACACAUUUGAGGCCUUGGAUUAAUCUCUAGCAGCCAAAUGAAACAACAGACCA